AUGUCUUACUCUUACAGGAAGUCCAAUGUCGCCGGCGGGUCCUGGUCGACACCCUUCAACACUCCCUUCUUCAUCCGCUAUGGCGAGUCGAGCAUCAAGGUUCCGAUGGUGAAGCUCCUCCUCGAGUACGAGAUCUGGGAGAAGCUCCGGGGUCCCAGCAACUCGGAUCAGGGACCUCGUGCUCCUUCCGAGGCGUCCUUCGCUGACGACCCAUUCGCGUCUUCAGGCCCUAUCGACUGGGCUGAAGAGGUCGAGCAGGAGCUCUUCUUUGACGACGGAGCAUCCGACAGCAAAGACAGCGAACCCGUGGCGGAAGAAUUUGACGACUCUGAUGACGACGAAGUCCUCAUGAUCGUCCCGAUUGAAGAUCUAAGGUUCUCGGGGAGAGGACCUGCCUAUGCUCUCUACACGAUCCUAGAGGUCGACGAGGUGGUCGACGAUAAAUGUGAAGCCCAAGAGACCGAAUCCGACGACGCCGACGACACCGACUCGACUUCAACGAUCUCGACCGACUCGGCCUACUCGACCGACUCAACCACUUCGACCGACUCAACCACUUCGACCGACUUCGACUUAUCGGCUUUCCGCCUCGACAACAUCAACACCGCCGACAGCGGCUCCUCAGUCGACACGGUCCGAGUCGAAGACCCUGGCUCGGUCAGCGGUAAUUUGUUCCACGGGGCCAUCCAGCAUCUGUCUGUGAUGGCCCUGCUCAAACUUGACGCGUACAUCCGCUUUUUUCAGAUCGCAGCGCAAAUAAGCCUGAACAGGUUUCCGUUCUGGCUCAAUUCCCCGUUCAACCGGGACCGGGGGCUCCUCUGA